CAUCUUUGAUUGUGCGAAAGGCCACGGCGCGAGCGGGGCCUCACUCACCCAGAAAAAUAGUGUGGCACGAGACAACGGGUGGUGAAGGAGUCGGAACCAUCCGGUACCAGAAGGAAAGGCCCAACCGGCGAGCAUACUCUUGCGCCUCGAACGGCCACAGAGGACUUACGCAGCGUCGGUGCAUGUGCAGAACGGUUUGGUGGCAGCCUGCGAGCGUAGUAGCUGUCUACCGUUAGCCGCACUUGGCUAGUGGGCUAGCUAGCUUUUGUAAUCCGCCGGCCAGAGGCACGUUAAUUGACUCCGACACGGAUCGAAGCCGGAUUUCACAUCAGGCCGCACUAAAGGCGUAAGGACACAGAAGACAUCGGCGGUGGCAGGAGGCUGGUUCUGGGGGCGAGGCCAAAGGACCAGACUCAAUGAGUUUCCAGCGAAAUGUCAGAGAAGUCAGGGCAGAGCACCAAGGCAAAGGAUGGCAAAACAAAGUAUGCAACCCUUAGCCUUUUCAACACCUACAAAGGCAAAUCUCUGGAAACCCAGAAAACUGCAGUGGCUGCCAGACAUGGGCUGCAAAGUUUGGGUAAAGUUGCUGCUAGCCGGCGCAUGCCCCCUCCGGCCAACUUGCCCAGCUUGAAAGCAGAGAACAAAGGAAACGACCCCAACGUUAACAUUGUCCCGAAGGACGGAAGUGGUUGGGCAUCCCGCUCGGAUGCAGGGGACGAAAGACAACAGGAGACGCCGCCACCCCAGAACAAACCAGCAACACUUCAGCAACAAGAACUUCCUGUUGGCGGGAGCCGCUCCUGGGCCAACAGCAAACAGAUACAGCUCGACGGAGCACCUCGUGUUAGCAGCCAUUUUCACCAGGAAUUUCCUAGCUUACAGGCAGCUGGUGAGGUAGAAAAAGGAGAGAAUCAAGAAGAAGAGCCUUAUGGACCAGGGCCCAGCCUCAGGCCUCAAAAUGUUGGCAGUUGGCGUGAGGGUGGGGGCAGGAAUUUGAACACUGCACCCAGUCCCCCUGAUAUGGAGAAUCGAACUCCAGAGGAAGGUAGUACGGGCCUUGGUACUUCUUCACCACCUGGGGAAGAUAAUGAGUCUGGCCGAAAUGUAACACCUGAUGGUCAGAAGGAGAAGAGGGAUGGAAAAGAGAGGCUGCCCUUGUCUGGUCCUCCUCAGCCUAAACUAAAUGGGGGCCAGCAGCCUCCUGCUGGAGUACCAACUCAUUUUGACCCUGCUUUUAGGAGUAUGAUGCCACCUUAUAUGUUCCAGGCUUAUCCACAGAUGUCCUUAGGCCCUGGGCAAGGAAACUUAAGAUACCCUGUACAGCAAGAUGGUGUCAAGGGUUCUCGUUCAGGACGGCCUCAGCAGGCACCUCCUCAUGCCUGGCUCCAGGAUCCAGACAGGCCUUCCAUUAUCAGUGCCACAGAACUCAAAGAGCUGGACAACUUGGACACCGAUGCUGAUGAGGGCUGGGCAGGAGCUCAGAUGGAGGUGGAUUACACUGAAAAGUUAAACUUCAGUGAUGACGAAGAGAAUCAAGCUGCUAAAGAGAAAGGAGAAAACUGGGAGUGGAUGGGUAAAGUAGAGCGUGUAAGGUCUCGGACAUCAGACAGUCAAGAGGGCUGGAAGGAUGGUUCAGAGGACCACAGUGGCAGCAAAGCAUCAUGGGCAGACAGUGUAGAUCCCAGAGCCCCAUCGCCUGGUAGCAUUGGACAGUAUAGUAAAUCAACUGGUCAGCAGGACUACCAGAGUGGUGGUCGUUCUGGUGGAGGUGGAGCACAGCGUGCAAGUAAACCUCCAGCCACAGUACCAACUGGUGCUGAUGAAGAAUCUGAGGCCUGGCGACAGAAGCGCAAGAAAUCUUCGGAGGUUUCCGAAGCUGUAGAACGAGCCAGGCGUAGAAGAGAGGAAGAGGAGAGACGGAUGGAGGAACAGCGGCUUGCUGCUUGUGCUGAAAAACUUAAACGUCUCAAUGAGAAACACCGGCAGACAACUGAGGGCAAACCUGCCCCAAGUCACACUGCCGGUGAUGAUGUGGUAGUUACAUGUGUUGAAAUUCCCACAUCAGCACCUCCUGCUGUAUCCAGCACUGCAUCAGUUCCAGUCCCUGUUUCACAGUCACAAGCACCUAUCGCGCAGGCUCCUUUACCUGAGAGGAUUGAUCAAGACCGGGAAAGGGAGAGAGUUGAACAAAGUGCGAAGGAGGAAGAGGAUGCUCAGUUGCCUUGUCAGCCCAGCUCUCCAGUUCCGAGACCUGUGGCCAUUACUUCAGAGCCUCAGACAGAGGGAGAUGUUUCCCUGGCAGAGGUCAGCCCUUUGAUGGAGGGGAGUCCAACUGAAAGAACAGCAGUACCUAUUCGAGACUAUUUCAACAUGGAGGAUAACAGAUUGGAUGAGCCCCAUCUGUGUUUGUCCCAUAUGGACACUCGCAGUGGCGAGGAAUCCUCAGUCACAGCACAACAGCUGGAAGGAGAAGCGGCAACAUCUAUACGUCCUUCUGUUACCUCAGGAUAUUCUAAACAGUUCCAGAAGUCUCUUCCUCCACGUUUUCUCAGACAACAGGAGCAGAUGAAGCAGCAACAGUGGCAGCAGCAGCAGAGUGGGGGUUCUGUGUCACCAUCAGCAACUAGUGGAGUUUCAGCUGCCCAACAGCAACAACAUCGCUCCAUGUAUCAGCCCAUGGGUCCCCACCACCAACACCUGGCUUCAAUGGGGUUUGACCCACGCUGGCUCAUGAUGCAGUCCUACAUAGAUCCCCGCAUGAUGUCAGGACGACCACCAAUCGAUAUGCCAACUAACAUUCAUCCUGGGAGAAUGCCUCCCAAGCAGAUUGUGCGCAGAGAUCCAGGUGAAAACUCGAGCUCCAGUUCUGACUCUUUUGACCACUUGACCCGACCUGUUCGUGACCAUGGCCUGCCGUCAGAGUCACGGAUGGUAUGGGGAUCUGACCCAUAUCCACAGACGGAGCCGUUACUUUCUGCUACUCCUAAGGGACGAGAUGAUAAGGAGGCCAGGCUGGAUACUGGUUUGGAUCUGGACAGGAGCCUCCAGGCUAUAUACCCACAAGACAAUGGCACAUUGGACUCUAGGAAAAGCAGCUUCUUUCGGGACCCUACAGAGUCGCUGUCACCCUUUACUCAGGGUUCUGAUGAGAUACCAGGGCAUCUUGACAGGGUCCCUGUGGGAUCGAACUUCAGCCCCGAAGAAUCAGGUCUUCCGAGUGGAGAAGUUGAAGCUCUCAAUCAUGCCAUGCUACAGAGAAGUGUUUCCCAUGGUUCCAGUCAGUCUCUCAAACUGGAAGAGCCCAGGUUUGAGGGACUUGCAAUGGGAACAAAAUCAACAGAGCUGCAGGACACAGGAGAAAGGGCUGAUGAUAAAGCUAAGAAUGAGCUCUACUCUCAGGCUGCAGUGACAAACAGUAGAACUACGCCCCCAACUGAUGGAAUCCACAAACCAGAGAAACUGACUCUGAUACCACCCAACAAGCAGAAAUCUGAGUUGCGUUGGGGUGGGAGGUCUGGUCCUGGGAGGAGAGAUGGGCCAGGUGGAGAGAGACCUGUUCGCAGGUCUGGCCCAAUUAAAAAACCUGUCCUAAGGGACAUGAAAGAAGAACGGGAGCAGAGAGAAGAGCGAGAGAAACGACAUGAGCGAGGAGAUAGGGGUGAUCGGCCCAAAAAGGAAUUGUUAACAAAAUCAUCUACACCAGCAACAGCAGCAGCUGUGUGUGAUGGUGGCUCUAGAUCUCAGGGUGAUGGCAAGAAAGAACUUGUUGAGGUUGAAGAUUCACCCACUGUACUUGAGAGAACAAAAGAGUCCCAACAUUCUUCUGGAGCUCCCACUUCUUCAUCUCAGGAGGACAAAGUGGACAAGCCACACAGUCAUGACAGACGCUCUGAACCCAAGCUACCUACCAGGAAAGAGUCCAACCUUCCACCACGUGCUUACCGACGAGACGAGAGAGAGAGGGAACGUGAGAGAGAUAAAGAAAUAGAAAAGGAAAGAGACUGGCCUCUUGACUCUGGGUUUAAAGGACGUGGUCGAGGGGAAUAUUAUUCUAGAGGACGCAGCUAUCGGGGAACUUACAGUGGCCGAGGUAGGGGGAGCCGUGGUAGAUGUAGAGCAGAGUAUCCUUAUAGAGAGCCCCGUUCACGUUCUGAUUUACCUUCAUCUGGUGGUGCUUCUGUGUUUCGUAAUCGAGAAGAAAGUGAGACUCGCAGCGAGAGCUCUGACUUUGAGGUGAUACCUAAACGCAGACGACGGCGGGGUUCAGACACAGAUUCUGAAAGUGAAGGUGGGAGGGAAUCUGCCAGUGAUACUGGACCCUCUGAUCGUGAACCUAGUACCAAACCUUGUCGUCCUGUCAGACGAGACUUCCCUACAGAAUCUCGGUCUGGCCCACAGAAGCCAGGCUUUGGACCCCCUCAUAUGGGAGAAAAGGGUGGACCCAGAGGAGAUGAUGAAGCUAGACCCAAACCAGGAUUCCUUCCUAAAGGAGAACCUUCACGACGAGGAAGAGGAGGACUCUAUAGUAGACGGGGUGGAACAAGAGAGCGCGGAGGACCUCGUUCUGCUCCUCUUAGACGGUCAGCAGCUAGAGAAUUGUCUUCACAGUGGCCUUCUAAACCCAUGGAAACCUUUAGGCCAGAAGACACUGAGUCCACAGCUUCUAGAUAUGACAAUCCCACUGACCGACGUCCACCAAAAUCUGAGGGAAAGAAAUUUGGAGAGAGCGGACCUCCGAAUAGAGAGAGGCCUCGUCGGUCUAGGCCAGCACGACCCCCCAGACAAGACAAACCUCCCCGUUUCCGGCGGUUGAAGGAGCGGGAGGUUACAGUGUUAACUGGUGGAGAGACUACAUCAAGUCCCCCUGUUUCUCUGUCCUCGAUGCCUCCUGCUGUGCCUACCUCUGCCCCUGGUUCAGUCUCCAUCUCUUCAACCCUGUCUCGGGCUCCCGGGACCCCUGUUACUGUGCUUACAGACGUGGCAGCCACGAUACCUGCCUCUGACCUGCCCUCUUCUGUAGAAACAACUGAGACAGGCAGCCCCAACAUCACUGCCAUUGGUACAAAAUCCCCUGACUUGUCUAACCAGAACUCCUCAGAUCAAGCCAAUGAGGAAUGGGAAACUGCUUCUGAAAGCAGUGAUUUUAAUGAAAGGAGAGAACGAGAAGAAAGGAAAGGAACAGUAGACAUUAACUAUACUGCAGCCAAUGCUUUUCCCAGCACACCUGCACCCCCCCGGGACACUUUGACCACCAGUAAAAACUCUCCAGACGGAGGUGUGACUCAAAAACGGGAAGGACUUCCAGUAGCCAAGAGGAGUUUCUCAAGCCAGAGGCCUACAGAGAGACAGAAUCGCAGAGGAAACAGUGGAGCAAAACCAGGCCGCAGUUACACUGGGGCCAAGGGAGAAAGGAGGGGAGGUGCUAAAGGUGGCCGCAAAGGUCCUGCAGCUCAGCAGAACUCUGAAGCAUUAGUAGCUGGGGGAACAGGCCAGAGGCCUGCAAAAGACCAGCCUUCCCGUCGUAAAGAAGAGGCCAAACAGGCUGCCAAAAAGCCCAAAGAAAAUGCCCUUUCUCAGUUUGAUCUCAACAAUUAUGCCAGUGUUGUUAUUAUUGAUGACCACCCAGAAGUCACUACUACAGAAGACCCACAGUCCAGCACUAAUGAUGAUGGCUUUACAGAGGUAGUCUCUCGGAAGCAACAAAAACGGCUGCAGGAUGAAGAGAAACGAAAAAAGGAAGAGCAGACCACUCAAAACUGGGGUAAGAAAGGCUCUGGUGAGAAGAACAGAGGGGGUGGAGGGAAGCUGCCACCUAGAUUUGCUAAAAAACAGCCAUCACAUCAGCAGCAGGCUUCUCAGGCUCCUGUGACCCCACAGAGUCAGCCGCAACCCCCAAGUUCUGUGCCACAGCACUCACACAUUGCCACCGCUCAGCCUGCUGUGUCCUCUCAGACUCUGGAAGGAAUGGUGGCUCCUCUAGCCUCCAUACCUCCUGCAAACAUGGACUUCACCUCAAAGAGCCUUCCCCCUUCAUCCACACAGACGCAUAGCACUCUGGGUACAGAACUGUGGGAGAACAAGGUUACAAGCUCCACUGUCGUUUCUGAUGUCAAGAAGCUUGGUCCAAUUAGUCCUCCUCAACCACCUUCUGUGAGUGCCUGGAACAAACCGCUUACCUCUUUUAGUGGCACUGUCACUUCUGAGGGUGUAAAGCCCAGUGCAGAGGGCAGUGUAGAAUUGACAAUAGACAAUAUUCAGUUUGGCGCACCAUCGUCUGCAGGCAGUACUGACAGUGAUGGAGUACCAGCCUUGCUUGAACCUGGGUCUGACAACAAACUACCUGCUCCCAAAGAACAGCGACAGAAGCAGUCUCGUGCUGGCCCCAUCAAAACACAGAAGCUUCCUGAGAUGGAACCAGUAGAAACCAAGGAGUACAAACCAGGGCCCAUUGGUAAAGAGCGUUCUCUGAAGAACCGCAAAGCCAAAGAUGCACGUGGAGGAGAAAAUGAGGGAUUGGAAGCAGGGGUGCCUGGAGGAGGGGUCAAUAGAGCCACAAAUGCCAGUCCUCCCACCAGUGAUGCCACAGUACCAGAACUUGGGGGAGACAUAGAAGGCAUGAUCACAGUCCCCUCAGCAGAGUAUAAUAGUAACACUAAGGAGUCUGUAACAGACUACACCACCCCUUCAUCCUCCCUGGCUGAAGGUGUUCCAGCAGGAGGAAACAAAAUGGAAGAGAGUUUAGUUGCCAAUGUGGCACUUCCGCACUCACUGCCUCUCCCUCGAAGAGAGACUCUGCAGCAGAACUCCAGCCUCAGCACCGUCUCACCUGCGACUGUUGACCUGACACUAAAGAUGGAGUCGGCUCGAAAAGCAUGGGAGAACUCUCCAAGUCUGGAGAAGAAUUCACCAGUCACAUCAUCCUCUUCACCCAUUACCUCCUGUGCCUCCUCAUAUUCUUCUUUCUCCUCAGCCUCUAUGCCACAGAUCCCUGUGGCUUCUGUUACACCCAGUACCUCACUAUCAGGUUCUAGUACUUACACAACAUCAUCCCUCAGUACCAAAACCACCACAGCCUCUGACCCCCCGAACAUCUGUAAGGUGAAACCUCAGCAGCUACAGGGUGGAAGCCUGUCCUCAUCCAGUAGUAGCAGCAGUAACAGCUUCUCUCAGCUCGGAUGUGUGCCUCCUCUUCUACCCCAACAGCAGCAGACCCCGCAGGUGUAUGUGUCUCAAUCUGCAGCAGGUUCUGCAGCUCAAAUUCCAGCAUUCUAUAUGGACACUAGCCACCUCUUCAGCACCCCCCAUCCACGCUUGGCUCCCCCCUCCCUUGCACAGCAGCAGGGUUUCCAGCCUGGUCUCUCACAGCCGACAGCAGUGCAGCAGAUUCCUAUUCCAAUCUACGCCCCACUGCAAGGGCAGCCUCAACACCAACACACUCACCAGGCCCAGCUAGGACUCGGCGCUGGUCCUCCAGUCUCCCAGCCACAGGACCUGUUCAGUUCUUCUUUGCAACCUUAUAGGUCUCAGCAGGCAUUCAUGCAGAGCAGCCUGUCACAGCCGUCCAUGAUGUUAUCUGGACCGUCUCUGCACAGCUAUCCUGGUGUGCAGGCACCUGAGCUGGCAAAGCCUCAGUCCAGUCUGGCCUAUCAGCAGCCUUCUUCCACUCAGCAUAUUCCCAUUCUGUUUGAACCUCAGCUCAACCAGCCCUCUGGUAUGGGAGGAUCCCAGCUCAUUGAUACUCACCUGCUGCAGGCUCGACAGGGAAUAAAUCAACAUUCAAACAUGUACUCAGGACAAGUACAACAGCACAGCCAGAGUAGUUACUAUAGCAACACCCAGUCUCCCAGUUCUGCAAUGCAACAGGUUACAGUUCCUCUGCCUGCUUCCCAGCUGUCCUUGCCAAACUUUGGCUCAGGUGGAGGUCAGCCCCUCUUGGCGCUGCCUCCCACUCCUCCCCAGGCACAACCUCCCAACAUCAGCAGACAGCCACCAGUCUCCCAGCCAUACAGAGGCAUUAUGGGUCCUAACCACAACAUGAUGCAGCCUCCCACCAGCAAGAUGGACAUGGAUCUGAAAUUAUUUGGCAGUGGGAUGGAUGUGAAGCCUGGUACACCACCUGUUAGUGCCAGAAGCACCACACCCACCUCUAGUCCUUACAGGGCGAGCUCUACGUCCCCAAGCAGCCAGUCCAGUAAGAUGAACAGCGUCUUGUACCAGAAGCAGUUCCAGCCCAGCUCUGCAGGCAUGAGAAUGGCACAGCACUUCCCCGGCCAGUUCAGCUCACAGAUGUUGUCUCAGCCAAACAUCGUUUCGCCUCUGGUGCGACCGCCUCAUGCUAACUCAUUUGCGGGAGGUGUCCAGCGCUCUCCCAUGGGUCCUCCUAUGUCACCCAAUGUGGGCGGUGGCCUAAUGCCUCACCCCCGGCCCCAGCACCCACAGCACAGCCAGCACCCACCCCGAGGGCCCUCUGGUCCUCCCCUCGCACCCAGAGGGACGCCUGCAGCUCUAAAGGCAGAGCAGGACCUCAAGGCAAAGCAGCGAGCUGAGGUGCUCCAGUCCACUCACAAGUUCUUCUCUGAGCAGCAACAGCAACAACUGAAGGCACCGCAAGUCAGCAAAACAUCUCGCCUUGACCAGGGGGUGAAGCCUCCACUCGACACCUCGACCCCAAACCACCAGUCAGUGAGCGAGCGCCCUGAGCCAGACAACCCCCCCGUCUCCAUGGCCAAGCCCAUACGGACUGGCCCCAUCAAACCACAGGCCAUCAAACAGGAAGAGGGCAAGUAAGGAGCCGGCACGCUCCGCCGAUGACAAUAAGAAAGGAGGGAAGAGAGGAUGAGAGAGAAUCUGUUCCCAUUCACUCAGUCACCCCCUCAUAUUAGCCCUGGAGGAUGGUGCGGGGGGCGAGGAUGGGUUGGCUAGAAACACAAAUGGUAGUGAGUCGGCAUGGCCCGGCGUAUAACUUUAUCCUCUACUUUCUUCCGUUUUCUUGUUCCACUUCAGGUGGACAGUUUGAUUUGGGAUUUUUUUUUUUUUUUUUUUUCUUCCACAUUUCGAUGAUAAAGUUUCAUCUACAGUGAUGUAGAUUCAGAGUUUAAGAGAGAAACUCCAAGAUUUGCUGCCGAGUUUCUUUGUUUCUUUAGCUCUUUAUUUUGGGUAACCCCCCCCCCCCACUAAAAAAUUAUAAUAGAAUCACACAGUUGAUAGGAGACCCAUGUUUAUUGAUGAAAGGCUGAAUCGGUUUUGUUUCCGUAGUCUGAUAAAUUCUGUGUUAAAAUAUCAUUUAUUAGUAGAAGUUUAUAUGUUGCCCGAGCUCCCGUCCAAAUGUGCAAAAAGCGUCUGUGCACGUGAGAAUGUACUCAGUCGUCAAACGCACACUCAGUGGUUUCAUCUGUAGUUCUGAAACGGAGAUGUGAGUUCGACUGUCGCGGUUUUUGUUUUACCAGAAUGAAAAUGUGAAGCAGCAGCAGCAUAGGGUUGCAUUGGUUGGCGUUUUGAUUACCGGUGAGCCUUUGGGUCCUUGCUGCCUUCUGCUGUCUGAGCACGCUGAUGUUUGCUCUUCAAAACGGGGCAAAGCCGGCAGCCGGAGGGAGCCUCCUGGAGCCAAAGGAUAAGCAGAGCAGACACAUGGCCUGUAUGACUCCACAGCUCUCACAGUGCACUUGCAGGAUUUUUAACGAACCGAUCGCUACUUCCAGCUGUCUGGCCACACGUACUUUCACUGCUUUCACAACUAGUCACGCCGUCUCAUGCACACACAUCACUGUAAGGCACCCAGACAUGCUGCUACCAGUGCCCGUAGCUAGAAUAUAGCAGAACAGGGCUGCUUAGAGAAGUAGAAAUGGUGAGGAGUCGAAACCGUGGAAUUUAAAAUAAAGUAAAAGUGUGUCCCCUCACACAGAGGGCAAUAGGAACAGGACAGAAUGAGAAACUUCAGGUUCUGAGGAGUUUUGUCAGGACACAUUGUUUUGUCUGUACUGAUUAGAGGAAUCGGUGCUGUUUUCUGUCUGUCUCGCCUCCACUAACUGACCCGCCCACAACGCUCUUAUUUCAGCGUUAUGGUGACAGCAAGGCUCUGAGAACCGUGCAGCAGCGUGCACCCUGGGGAUGGAGAAGAGUCCUUGUUUUUAAGGAUGGAUGAGGGAGGGUUUUUUUGUUUUUUUCUUUCUCCUUGUACAGGGGUUUCAUCGCUGUAUUAAAAUAUGUAUGGUCUUAUUUACAUUCUCAGUUUGGUUACAGAAACUAAUAAAAUAAUAUACUGUUCAGAUCUC